AUGCUCUUGGCCCUCACCACCUCCCCCCUUCUCCAGAUGGACGGGUUUUGGAGAGGGCUGACAGCCGUGUCCCCUGCGCCCCAGGCCUGCAUUGAUGAGAACCUGGAGGUGGUGCGCUUCCUGGUGGAGCAGGGUGCCACGGUGAACCAGGCGGACAACGAGGGCUGGACGCCCCUGCAUGUGGCCGCCUCCUGUGGUUACCUGGACAUCGCCAGGUACCUCCUGAGCCACGGGGCUGACAUUGCCGCCGUCAACAGCGAUGGGGACUUGCCCCUGGACUUGGCCGAGUCGGACGCCAUGGAGGGGCUGCUGAAGGCGGAGAUUGCCUACCGAGGUGUGGACGUGGAGGCGGCCAAACGGGCCGAGGAGGAACUGCUUCUUCGUGACACGAGAUGCUGGCUGAACGGGGGCGCGAUGCCCGAGGCCCGGCACCCCCGCACGGGGGCCUCUGCCCUGCACGUGGCAGCCGCUAAGGGCUACAUCGAAGUGAUGAGGCUGCUCCUUCAGGCCGGCUACGACCCAGAGCUCCGGGAUGGGGACGGCUGGACCCCCCUGCACGCUGCGGCCCACUGGGGCGUGGAGGACGCCUGCCGCCUGCUGGCCGAGCACGGUGGGGGCAUGGACUCGCUGACCCACGCGGGCCAACGUCCCUGCGACCUGGCUGACGAGGAGGUGCUGAGUCUGUUGGAGGAACUGGCCCGGAAGCAGGAGGAUCUGCGGAACCAAAAGGAAGCUUCUCAGAGCAGAAGCCAGGAGCCCCAGGUGCCUUCCAGCGGCAAACACCGAAGGAGCUCCGUGUGUCGUCUGAGCAGCCGAGAGAAGAUUUCUCUCCAAGAUCUGUCCAAGGAACGCCGGCCUGGGGGGGCAGGGGGGCCCCCCAUACAUGACGAGGAUGAGGGAGAAGAAGGCCCCAUAGAGCCACCCUCCACAGAAUCCAGAACUCUCAACGGAGUGUCUUCUCCACCACCCGCUAGCCCUCAGAGCCCCAUGCCCCCAGAAGAGGCCCCCUUCUCCAGGCGCUUUGGCCUCCAGAAGACGGGAAGCUCUGGUGCCCUGGGUCCCACAGACAGGCGGGGGGCCGAGGGCACCCCUGGGGCUGGGUUGCAGCGCUCAGCCUCGUCCUCUCGGCUGGAAGGGACCUCCCCGCAGGCUGAGGAGCCCCGCCUCGCCAGAGUUACGCCCACCCCGUCCCGUAAGGUGCCGGAGCCCUGUGCCCUGUCUGAGAUCUCCAGGCGUCCUCCCUCGGAUGACCCCACUCCUCCCUCCAGAAUUCCGGGGCCCGAAUCCCCAGUGAAGCCAAAUGUCCCUGCGGCCCCCACGGCUCCCCCAGCCGACUCCCGGGACCGGCGGAGGUCCUACCAGAUGCCUGUGCGGGAUGAGGAGUCUGAAUCUCAGCGGAAGGCUCGCUCUCGGCUCAUGCGUCAGUCUCGGAGGUCCACACAGGGUGUGACUCUCACCGACCUGAAGGAAGCAGAGAAGGCAGCAGGGAAGACCCCAGAGCCAGAGAAAUCGUGCCUGGACCCCUCUCGGAGGCCCCGAGUCCCGGGGGUGGAGAACUCUGAUGGCCCUGCCUUGAGAGCAGAGGCGCCUGACGGGCAGGGUCAGGGACCACAGGCCGCCAGGGAGCACCGCAAAGUCGGCAAAGAGUGGAGGGGGCCUGCGGAGGGGGAGGAGGCGGAGCCGGCCGACCGCAGCCCAGAGUCCAGCACUUCCGAGGGCGGCCCUUCACCUCGCAGUCAGCGGCAGCGUGACUCCCAGCCAGAAUCAGACGAGCCCGAUGGAGGCUUCAGGAAGCUGUACGCAGAGCUGCGCAGCGAGAACGAGCGGCUUCGCGAGGCCCUGACCGAGACCACGCUCCGCCUGGCACAGCUCAAGGUGGAGUUGGAGCGCGCCACGCAGAGGCAGGAGCGCUUUGCAGAGAGGCCCGCCCUCCUGGAGCUGGAGAGAUUCGAGCGCAGGGCCCUGGAGAGGAAGGCGGCCGAGCUGGAGGAGGAGCUGAAGGCCCUGUCCGACCUCCGGGCUGACAACCAGAGGCUCAAGGAUGAGAACGCAGCCCUGAUCCGCGUCAUCAGCAAACUUUCUAAGUGACUCUGGCGGAGGACCUUUCCCCGUACCCAUAUUUAUACAGCUGCUUCUGCCACACGCACCCCUUCCCCUGUGUGAGCACGAGUGACAGGGCUCCCAGGGGGUCUCUGAGAAGCCAUAGCCUCCCUUCGGGGCCUCCAGACUGGGAGGGGAGCAGAAUCCCCAGGAGCCGAGGGGGGGG